AAUAAAUUUUCUUUGUGUAGAUAAUCCCUAUGUACACACAGUCACGUAUCAAAUGACGAAUUUGCAUUCCAGUACAUCUGAUCGACCGAUCGUCUGCGCUAUGAAGUUUACAGCUGAUUGACCGAUCGUCUGAGUUAUGAAUUUUUUUUAGAGGAGGGUAUUCUUUAUAAAUGUGGAUGCAUAUGCUUUAUUGAGAAAGUAGAUAACCCAAACUGGAAGGUUUGAAUGCAUUGAAGAAAGAACAAAAUGAAAGUUCUUCGGAGAUUUGAAAAAUGGAUGACGAGAAUAAAGAAAGGAGUAAAGGCCCCAGCGGUAGCACACAUCGACAGUGUUUUCGAUGAACCUCAAUACAUUUGUCCAGUGGAUUCAAGGCGGUACAUCAAACAACAAGACACGUCUGGGUCUGGUACGCCUUCGAAACACAAAGUCGUAGAGAGUACAUUAGCAUCGGAUUCCGUUCUAGAAUUGAACCAGGACGUCGAGAAACUUGACUCCACAAGUUUAAAAGAACUAAGUGUUUCCGACUUCGUUGCUAAUGAUGAGAUACUAGAUGUAUCCUACAAGUCUGAAAUAAGCAUGGAGUCUAACAGAAACUCAGAACUUCCUAACUCCUGUUUCAGCUCUCUAAUGGAAAGUUUAGAACUAUCCUUCGUUGAUUAUUCUGUAGAAUAUGAAUCUACAACAUCUUACAACAGUAUUGUGGAUAUGGCAUCAAUUGACAAGAAUGUGUUUAUCGAUAUUUCAAAGUCAAAAGCGAUAUAUGAUUGUCCUUCGAGUCCGCGAAAUGAGCAGACGUUCAGGACUUUACCUCCACAACCAACUGUGUGUAUUAAACUUGCAGAGAAACGUUUAAAUUUCAACUAUCCAAAACAUAGUCGGACUGUAUUUCAAGAAAACAGUUCCGUUAAAUCAUCUAUUUAUGGCGAUAGAAAUGUUCUUGAAUUCCAUGCAUCGAAAACAGGGGUUGUGGACAAAUACGAAACCCUAGAGGGGGUUGAUCGUGAGCGACCAAAGGAAGUAGAAAGUCCAAGUUUUAUGAAGCUGGAACGUGGUCCAAUUGUUACUUGUGAACCUCUUUGUGUUGUAAAUGAUAAGGAAAUAAAUCCUCCAAAGACAAAUGUUCUCGUGAAAAUUGAUAAAGAAGCAUCGAAAAGGGAAAGACGACAUCGUAUCGGGGAAAGUUGCAUGACGGUAAUGAUGGGGUCUAUCCUAUAUUAUUAUCCAGCAUCCUCUGAAAAAAUUCCAAGAAUUCCUAAUUCAAAACAUCAUUUUCCCAUUCAUUUUAAAUUGAAUGAUGGUCUUCAUAAGGUGACACAAGCAGAAGUCAGUGACAGAAAAGUGUAUGGCUGCAGUAGUGGAAACGUAAGCAAGACAGUUCCCUAUUCAGUAACUUCAGGGGAAAUGGAAAAAAUGCUGAAAGGGUUUCUUUUAAAGUUUGAGAAAAUAUCCCCAUUCAGAAAUGGACAAACAGAAGCAAUUGAAAGAAAGAAAGAUUUAUUUUCAUUAUCCUCCAAUUUUAUGGGUACUUUAACAUCAAACCCAACACUAGGAAUGUUUUCAAAAAAAUCACGUCAGCUGGUUCGCCAAAUAUUGUUUUACAGCAACCAAGUCCCUUCAGUGCAUGACGCAUUUUGCACAUAUCCCUUACAAACAAGCAUUAGGCAAAAUGAUUCUGGAUUUACUUUAGAGGACACUAUGCGUUUUGAAUGGCAGAGGCUGAGAAGUUUUCAUUCAUACCCAACAACUGCUAUCGGGGCCUCUAUUCUUCGUCUUGCCCAAGAUGGAUUCUAUUUCACGGGAAAUGGCCGUGACACACGAUGUUUCUUUUGUCACUGCGUCUACAGCGAUUGGAGUCAUGAUUCUGAUCUACGUAGUACACAUCUCCGAUUGUCUCCGGACUGUCCCAUCGCCAACAGACGAGAGUCUAGUAACAUCCCCAUAAAUCCGAGCCGAAGGAGAGAACAUCAUCAACAACACAUCAAUGCAUUUCACGGGAUAGAUCGUUUUGAUGAAAAUAUCGCAGAAGACAGUGGAGAGUCACUUCCAGUUGCACGUCACAUGGAAGAGUCAUUAGCAUCAGAUCACUCGACAAACACGUCGUUCCUCGUAAGCCAUGAAACGUCCUUAUCACAAAAUACAACGGCAAACCAUGAAGUCAAUCCGAUCAUUUCCGAGUUAUCUCAAAUCCAAAUACCAAGGGUAAAUUUUCCUAAUUACAGGCGAAGGGCUGACUCUGAGAUAGUUUCAGCAACAGAAGUAUCCAUGUUUAACGAAGAAAUCCCACAACGGAUAACUCCUAACGAGCUCCGAAAUUCCAGAUCCGAACAAUCCUCUAUUGAUGUCUCAACACACAGACAAACAGAGGAUCCCCCGACACGGUCAGCACACAGACAAAUACAAGACUCCCAGACACGCUCAACACAGAGACAAACACAGGACUCCCCAACACGGUCAGCACACAGAGAAACACAGAACCCCCCGACACGCUCAACACACAGAGAAACGCAGGAUCCCCCGACACGCCCAACACACAGAGAAACACAGAACCCCCCGACACGCUCAACACACAGAGAAACGCAAGACUCCCCGACACGGUCAGCACACAGAGAAACGCAUGAUCCCCCGACACGGUCAACACACAGAGAAACGCAAGACUCCCCGACACGGUCAGCACACAGAGAAACGCAUGAUCCCCCGACACGGUCAACACACAGAGAAACGCAAGACUCCCCGACACGGUCAGCACACAGAGAAACGCAUGAUCCCCCGACACGCUCUGCACAGAGCGUGUUAACGUAUAAACAAAAACUUUCCUCUCAAUUAGACCCGUUGGGAAUAGUUUGGGAAAAACCAAAGUUCCCUGCAUAUGCUAUUUUGACCACGAGGGCAUCGUCAUAUGAAGGAUGGCCAGCAGACAGGACGCAGACACCGAUAGAAAUGGCCAAAGCUGGGUUCUUUUAUGUAGGACACAAUGACUAUGUACGGUGCUUCUUCUGUGGUGGCGGACUGAAAAACUGGGAGAGGGCUGACAUCCCUUGGGAGGAGCACGCGAGGUGGUUCCCACGCUGUGCCUUUGUAAGGAACGUUCAAGGAGAGGAGUAUGUUUCUAUAAUACAGCGCAAAACUCAACCGGAUGAUUUUGUUCCAGUCUGUGGACCAACAGGACAACGUAGUUUCUCAUUUCCAGGGCAGGGUCUAGAGAAACAAGUGAUAGUCGAUCUUCUGAAGGAGGAGGGGUACCCGCAGCAGAGAAUUCAAUCUGCCAUUAGUAUGUGGGAACACCGCCGAGAUUUGGUUGGGUACAAGCUACCGAUGAAGGCCGAGGACUUGAUAGAGAUAAUGGAGGAAGAUAAUGAGGAUCAUCAGAAUAGGUCUACUCCUUCAUCACAAAGUUCCACAGAGGUUCAGAUACUACAGACAGAGUUGUCUUCCCUGACAUCCACUCUGCUGUGUAAAGUGUGUUUCACACAGGAAGUGGGAAUCGCCUUCCUGCCGUGCGGCCAUCUCAUCUGCUGUAGAGAAUGCGGACCAGCAGUCCGAAAAUGCCUCCUCUGUGAUGUCAUAAUCAAGGGGACAAUCAAGACCUACUUUUCCUAGCUAUUCAGACAUAUAAACUGGUAUCCUUCAUUACCCGUGGAACACAGCUAAAAACUGGUUCUCCUCGUGUCCUACGCUGUUUGUUUUCUUUUCCAUCUUAUUUACAAAUGCAGAUUUUCUUGUGUUCUAAAAUCUAACAGAAACAUUUCUUAAUAAAAGAUACUUUUUACUAAA